ACAGACAGAAGCAGCCGAGUCCAGACAGACACAAACUCACUGGUUCCUUUAAUCUGAGCAGCAUUAGGACCCUGCAGCUGCCAGCAGCAUAAAUAUAGCAGCAGGAGCGGUGUGUGUGUGUGUGUGUGUGUGUGUGUGUGUGUGUGUGUGUGUUGUUGAUCAGAACAGUUGGGGGUCAUGAGGACACCUGAACACAGCGGAUCAGUCGGUCUGCAGGAACGGACGGAGAACGGGUUCAUUCAGGAGGAUCCAGCUGCAGGAAGCUGUUAGCGUUGGUAAGGAGGCCCAGGAGGGUCAGCCAGGAUGCUGCAGCUGUGUAAAGUCACCAAGGUUCUGUUCAUCAGCAACGCCCGCUCAGCCUGCAGCGACGACCUCAUCCAGCAGGAGGCGGUGACGCUCUGCAUCAACGUGUCCAAGCAGCAGCCGUUCCCGACCAGCAGCGGCGUCACCAGGAUGCAGAUCCCCGUCUACGACGACCCCGGCGAGGAUCUGUACCGCCACUUUGACCGCUGCGCCGACGCCAUCCAGAAGGAGGCCAACCGCGGCGGACGCAGCGUGGUCUACUGCAAGAACGGACGCAGCCGCUCGGCCACCAUCUGCAUGGCCUACUUGAUGAAGCACCGCAGGAUGACGCUGGCGGAGGCCGUACAGAGGGUGAAAACGGCUCGGCACGUCGUGGAUCCGAACCCCGGCUUCAUGUCUCAGCUGCAGCGAUACGAGGAGGAGCUGAGGAAGAGGAGAGGAGCGUCCUGAUGAAGCUGAGGACGUUUUCCUCUCUGCUCCGAUUCACAACCAUCAGAGUUUGAAUCUGAAUCUGAAAACUAAAACUUCGGGUCAGUUUGAGGAGCAAACAGGAGAGAAAACCUGAAAUCAAACAAUAAUCAACCACAAAACCAAGAGAUUAGAUUUGAGAGAGCAAAUGUUGAGGAAGUAAAAACAUUAAUAAUGACUCAGAAAUACAUAAAUAGUGUUUAUAUUGCAUAAAGUGAUACAUGUGGAGUACGUCAUAACAUGCAGUGUUUCAACUUUAGAGUUUCUUCUGCAGCAAAUCUAAAAACAAAAAAAAUAAACCCAUAAAAAACAAGUAAAACUGUGAAGAAAACAUCAAAUCUGUAAAGAAUUUUAUUUAUUUUUUGAAAAAAUAUAAUUAUUGGUGUGAAAAGUGACUGAAUGAGGAAAUGAAGUUUUGACAAACAAAUCAGGCAGAUUGGAUUUUAAAGAGUUCAAUGAUUUAUUAUUUUAAUCAUUAUUUCACAUUUAAAUCACAAACUUCAUUUAUUUCUCCUCUUAAAUAAGAACCAUGAACCAUAUAUAUAUAUAUUGGUGUUUAAAUUUAUUAGAAUAUUUUUUAGAACAAAUAUAUUUUUCAAAUCUGUUUUGUUCUGUUAAGUUUUCUGGCUUCAUAUUUAGACGUUUUUCUCAAAUUUAAUCUAUUUUUUUCUGACCAAAGGAAGGAAAAAACUCAGAGAGACAAAAAGAAAAGCAACGAGGAAACGAAAAGAAACUCCAACUGAUGAAAACAUUUUGUUAAUGAUAAUUUAUAUUUAUUUUUACAUUUGGACAGAGAAACGCUCCAUCUUUCCUCCAGCUGUGAUUUUAAUAACUUUGGUCAUCAGAAUCAUCUGAAAUGUAUUUUCUGAGUAAGGUGGGUGGAAGUGACAUCAUCGUGUUUUAAAGUUUGAAGAGCAAACAGUGAAAUAUUCUGGCUUGUUAGUCUAAUAAUCUGUGAACAGGAUAAAUAUCUAGAACCUUUAGAUCUGGAUCAGUUUGUGUGAAAAGCAGGUUUUUUUCAGAGGGAAGGUGAGUUAAAGUUAAACUUUAAUCGUUUCUCAACCUUUUAUAGAAAACAACAGAUUUAGUUUGAUUUGUUUUAUCAGACAAAGGAAAAUGCAAUAAUAAAUCAAAUUUCUCAAGUCUGAAUAAAAAAAGCAUCUUUGUGGAAACUGACAUCACGAACUGGUGGAAACUUGUUUUGGUUUUUCAAACAUUUAAUCAAAAGCACAAAUUUAAAACCAGGCGACUUAGAGGGAAGUUUUAGAGAUGAAUGUUUUGCUGAGUCAGCAUCCUGUUCCAAUAAUAAAAUCAAUAAAAACUCAGGUCAGCAGAACUCCAUGUUUAUUAAUGUUUUACUGGCUUCUCUAGAUGAAACCAUGGUAACUGUUGAAACUUGUUUAAACGUGGAUGUAGUUUAAUAACCUCAGUGAGUUUAUGAAGUUCAUAUUCGUGAUAUUUGGUGAAGUUGAAGCGUCUAUAGUCUGACGGUGAUGUUCUGUAUCUCAGGUGAAUCUUUACUCAGCUUGAAUUUAAUCAUUUUAUCUUCAUAUCUACUUCAAACUGUGUUCAGUUCUUAGAACAUUUUAGCCUACAGUAAAUGCCUUAAGUGAAUGUAACACCUGAAUGUGUCUCUGUCCCUUUAAGAAGCUGUACACUCAGUUUUAACUGGAGGAAAAUGACAGUAAAUAUAAUAAAAGUUCUGCAUUCUGAGCUGA